UACUCACUUGUGUCCAAUAUGGACACAAGUCACUCGUGACAAAGACUUCCUCCUACCAUGAUACCCUCAUCCUUCUCCAGAGUCAUCUUCUAGCAAUGGCGUCCUCUCUAUUCUGAUUCAUGUGCUUCGAAUUAAUCGAUUAUCAUAAGUCAGGGUUCCAAUUUGAAUCUUAAUCUGAUCACUAAUUUCAACAUGCCGAGCCCAAAGAAGAAGAUGGAAAACAAGGGCUUUUUCGCUUCAAUGUCUUCCAGCUUAUCCAUGUUCAGUAACGCCAUGCAUAGAUCUGUCAAUGGGUUUAUAGGUUAUGAAAAUCUGGAAGUGGUUAAUCCUGAGGGAGGUAAAGAUGAUGCUGAGGAAGAAGCACAGAGAGGUAGGUGGAAACAAGAGGAGAGAGAUAGCUACUGGAAAAUGAUGCAGAAGUACAUUGGUUCUGAUGUUACAUCAAUGGUAACCCUGCCAGUUAUAAUAUUUGAGCCUAUGACUAUGCUGCAGAAAAUGGCAGAGUUAAUGGAGUACAGCAACCUGUUAGAUCAGGCUGAUGAAUGUGAAGAUCCUUAUAUGCGAUUGGUUUAUGCUGCAUCUUGGGCAAUAUCUGUCUACUAUGCUUUUCAGCGCACCUGGAAGCCUUUUAAUCCCAUUCUUGGUGAAACCUAUGAAAUGGUUAACCAUAAUGGGAUUACUUUUCUUUCAGAGCAGGUGAGUCAUCAUCCUCCUAUGAGUGCUGGACAUUGUGAAAAUGAGCAUUUUACAUAUGAUGUGACAUCAAAGGUGAAGACAAAAUUUUUAGGCAAUUCUCUUGAUAUCUAUCCCGUUGGAAGGACUCGUGUCACUCUUAAAAGAAGUGGUGUAGUGUUGGAUUUGGUCCCCCCUUCUUCAAAAGUUCAUAACCUGAUCUUUGGUCGGACAUGGGUAGAUUCACCAGGCGAGAUGAUACUAACCAAUUUAACUACCGGAGAUAAAGUUGUGCUGUAUUUUCAACCUUGUGGUUGGUUUGGGGCUGGUCGGUAUGAAGUGGAUGGUUAUGUAUAUGACGCCAAUGAGGAGCCUAAAAUAUUGAUGACCGGUAAAUGGAAUGAGUCAAUGAGCUGUCAACCAUGUGAUGUGGAAGGGGAACCUCAACCUGGCACAGAACUGAAAGAGGUCUGGCAUCUUGCAGAUGUUCCAAAAAAUGACAAAUAUCAAUAUACAUACUUUGCCCACAAGAUAAAUAGUUUUGACACAUCACCCAAGAUGUUAUUGGCAUCAGAUUCACGUUUACGACCUGAUAGAUUUGCUCUUGAGAUGGGUGAUUUGUCCAAGUCUGGUGCUGAAAAAAGCAGUUUGGAGGAGAGGCAGAGAGCAGAAAAGAGAAAUCGAGAAGCCAAGGGUGACAAGUUUACUCCACGAUGGUUUGAUUUAAAUGAAGAUGUUGCAACUACCCCCUGGGGUGAUAUAGAGAUUUACCAGUACAAUGGUAAAUACACUGAACACCGGGAAGCUAUAGAUAGUUCCGACAUUGAUGAGCUAGAAGAUGUGAAGACCAAGGAGUUCAACCCUUGGCAGUACAAUGAUUUAUCUAGUACAUGAGAAAAUUGUUCACUGUCGUUUUACUGCAAAUUAUAGGAGUGGCCUGUGAAUUAAUCCAAAGGAUGAUAUGAUCUCUCCUAUCAGGCAAUCUAGGAGCUACCUGCACUAGAUAGAAAAAAGUAUCCUGCAUUCAAAUUUGUAUAACUCAGUUAACGAAGAUGAUUUCUUCAGACAGAAUCAACAGAGGCCGCCCUUUAGCAUUCCUCCCUGGUAUGCAUGCUCUCAUUGCUCUGCCUUGUUUGAUAUUGCUUCAAGUUUGAUGUAUUCAGGAAUCAGAAUAGGUCCAUCUAUAAAUUGUUAGCUUAUAUUCUGUUUUAUCUGCAUAUUGCUGUUUGAUAUUUGUACUCAUGGUGGCUCCUGAGAUAUAAGCCUUUAUCUGUUUGACUUCAGAAUUUCUUAUAAGGUUUCUGGUUUUUGGCUUUAUGAAGCAACUAGUGGAAGAAGGUUUCUUGUUCAA